AUGUCUGUUCGAAUCCAUCUUGACAGACCGCAUGCCCACUUCACGAACUUAGACUUCAUCACAGGGAGAGUUAUCCUUGUACUAGCUACCGAUACUCCCAUAUCGAGUGUUGUUGUAAAACUUGAAGGCGAGAGCAGGACCCGGCUUGCGGCUCCGAAAUAUCCCAAUAGUGACCGCAAUGAGAAGAAGAGGACGGAGGUAGAAUCACACAAACUCCUAUACAAAGUCCUUACCUUAUUUCCGGCCGAGGAAGCGGCUGAGCUCGUCGGAAAUAACAUGUACUAUACCCUUCCGCCCGGCCGUCAUGAAUAUCCCUUUCGGUUCAAAGUGGGUUGA